AUGACAGCGAACUGCAACAACAACUUCAAACUCAACUUCAAAGUUGAGGAGGAGUACCCUGACCUCACCAAGCACAACAACCACAUGGCCAAGGUGCUGACCAAGGACAUGUACGCCAAGCUGAGGGACAAGCAGACCUCCUCCGGCUUCACCCUGGAUGACGUCAUCCAGACCGGUGUCGACAACCCUGGUCACCCCUUCAUCAUGACCAUUGGCUGCGUGGCUGGUGAUGAGGAGUCCUACGAGGUCUUCAAGGAUCUGUUGGACCCCAUCAUCUCAGACCGUCAUAGUGGAUACAAGCCCACAGACAAGCACAAGACCGACCUGAACUUUGAGAACCUGAAGGGAGGUGAUGACCUGGAACCAAACUACGUCCUGUCCAGCCGCGUGCGUACCGGCCGCAGCAUCAAGGCCGUGGUGAGUGCAGAGCAGUGGAGAGACUGUCUGUCGAUGGUGAGCCUCCCAUCUACCAAUAGCCACAUAUUCAAUAACAGGAUUGUGCAUGAAGCUAGCUCUAAACACCCUGGUGUGUUCAAGGGAAAGCACUACCCCCUGAAGGGCAUGACAGAUGCCAAGCAGGACCAGCUGACCAAUGACCACUUCUUGUUUGACAAGCACCGUCUCCCCCUAGUGUUGGGUGCUGUUAUGGCCCGUGACUGGCCCGACUUUAGAGGAAUCUGGUACCCAGAACACAGGCCCAAUUCCUUUUCUUCCUUCUGCCAUGUUUUCUCACUUUUCUCCUGUUCAGUCGGCAAUGUCCUGGGAUCAGCAUCCACUGUAGUCGGGCUUGUCUGACAGAU